AUGCAAAGAGUUAGCAAACGUAAUUAUCUAAAUCAAUUUAAGUGAUCUCUAAAAUGGAUAUUUUUGGAUAAUCAAUCACAUUACGAAUGAAUAGGCAAAACUCAUAUAAAACUGUUUUUGGAGGUUGCUCUUCUUUGAUUUUGUUAAUCAUUUUAAUUUUGAUAUUCUCGUCAAACAUAAUAUCUUUUCUAAACAGAGAAAAUUUAAAUGCUACUGUUUUAACAGAAUUUGAAGAAAUCCCAUCUUUAUCAUAAAUUGAUGAUUCAUUUUUUUUAUUUGCUUUACAAAUUGAUUAAGAGAAUUUUUUAACUAAGCCUUUUUAUGAGAUUAAGAUACAUUAAUCUAGAAAUCAAAAAUUUUAGAAUGGGUCGGUAAUUUAAACAGAAAAAGAAAUUAAGUUGAUACCUUGUACUUUAGAUCGUUUUAAUAAAAUAUUUUCUUAAUUUGGAAGAGAUUUGACAGACUAAUUCAAUCAACUUAAAUUAUAUGACUUUUUGUGUUUUGAGUAAGAGAUUUUAUUUAUGUUUUUAGCUUAAAUCAAUCAUUUUAAAUAUAAGGAUCAUAUUCAAGUAUAUAAAAUAAAUAAUUCUUUUAGAUUUAGAAUUUGAAUUUUUGAAAAUAAAAGUGUAAGAGUGUUAGAAUAAAACAAAUUGUGCUUCGAAAGAAGAGUUGUAAUAAGAGAUUGAAAAAAAUGGAACUUUCAAAAUUAAAUUAUUUCCAAUUAAUAAAGUAUAAUUGAAUAAUAUUAUAGAUUUUAAACCCUUAUAAACCUGAAGAUAAUUAUUUAUAAACUUUUUUAGAUGAUUCAUUUUUUUUUAGAUUUCUCCCCUCAAAUACAUACAAGUCUGUGGAUCUCUUUAUAAAAGAAUAUGAAGUUACGAAUGAUCAAAGUCUAUUUCCAUUUAGUUAUUUGGAAUAUUCAAAGUUUUAUACAUUAGAUUAAUCUGAAAUCAAAGAGAGAACUGAAUUAUAAAAUUCUCAAGCAUAAUCCUUAGUACAAAUUUAAAUAAGAAAAAGUCCUUAUAAAAUUAAGAUUUUUAGAAAAUAUUUGAAAAUAGAUGAAUUAUUAUCUAAUUUAGGAGGUAUUUAAUAAAUAUUUAUAUUUUUUGUUGGAACAAUCAUAACAAUAUACAAUAGAUUUUAACGUAAAUAAUACAUAUAUAUCUAGUUGUGGUUGAAUUAGCAAAUAAAUUGUAUGAAUUUACGCUUGUUUCUUUUCAAAAAGAAAAAUAUUUUUAAGAGAAUCUAAAUUUAGUGAAUUAAAUGAUUUAAAAUAAACAAGAAAAAAUUCCAUUUUAGGAGAAACCUCGGAAUUCUGAUGCAGAUUUAGAAAUAUAGCCUUUACAUUAAAGUUCGAUUAAUUAAAAGUCUAAAAAUGAGCUAUUAAAAUUUAGUGAAUAGAUGAGUCCUACAUCAUAAUAAUAACAGAAUCAAUCAAAAAAAUAAGGUGACAAUAACAUAAAAAAAAAUAAAUUUAUAUAUGAAUAAGAAGCUAUGGCAUCAAAAUUGAAUUGUUCAAAUGGUUUAGAAUACUUUUAAUUACAAAUUUAAAAUUUAAUUUAAAGAUCAUAACCAAUUUUAAUGACAUUUUAAAUGUUAGUUAAUUUCAUAACUUGUUAGAAAGUAUUUAAAAACAAAAAACAUAUUUAAUUGAUGAAUAAAGCAAUGUAAACUAUUAAUUUUAAAGUAUUAGUAGUUAAAUUACUGAUUAAAUAGAUUUGUUUAAUAUACUUACAAAAUUAAAUGAUUUAGAAAAACUUAAAGAAGUGAUUUUUUCUCAGUAAUAAUUGCUAAUGUUUAAUUUUGCUCCAAAACCUUUAAUUUCCCUUGAUAAUACAACAGAAGUAUUUAAUAGAACAAUAGUUGAAGAGAGGACAAGAAGCAAUAACACUAAAUAGUAUUAAAAAUAAUUAGAAUUUAGGGAUGACUUAUCUUAGGAAACAGAAACAUCAAAUAAAAUUCAUUAUCAUUUAUAAGCUGAUUCGAAGAUGUAUUCAAAAAUUUAUUCGGUAAUAUAAAUUAAAUAUUCGAAGGCUUAUGAUGAUGUAUUACAAGAAUCAGAAAAUGAUUAAGAACCCUCUAUUUGUAGUAAUUUGAGUAAAUAAAUAAUUCGUAAAUUGGGACCAGAAGUGUAAACCAUCUUUAAAUUAUCAAAAUUAAUAGACUUUCAUUAAAAUUAAAACAAUUCCAGGAGAAGAGGAAUGACCUCUGAUACUUUAAGAAGAGUAUUAUAUUCAAAAUCAUAAAUAUAAUAGUGA